AUGGAUGAGUCCCCAGGCCUGAUUGUAAAGCCCAGCAGCUGUGACCCUAUCUCCGCCACACAUAAGCCCGCAUCCCAUAGGGUCAUCAAAACACGCUACAAGAUUGACACACGCAGAGCCCAUACAAUCCACCACAACCCAACUCUUUCCUACAGGGUCAAGAGAGUGCAUUCUGCCAGAAUCCUCCUGCAGAAUCGACUAAGGACAGCUUCAGAAAGGCAGUGGAGGGGUCGAAGCAUGAGAUGGAUCGGUGGAGCAUUGUACAGAGUCUCAGCCAACAAGCUCUCUCGCACUCAAACCACCUGCACACCUAACAGCAGACUAGGAGAAUGGUACAAUCCAUAUGCUUCCUCGGCUGGUAACCAGGGAAGAACAUCAGCCACACGUUACGUAGCCAGUCGUGCUGUGCAGAAGAGUUUAGCUAUAAUACGACAGGCCCGACAGAAGAAACAGAAGGCCAAGCAGUACUGCAUGUACUAUAACCGUUUCGGCAAGUGCAACCAUGGUGAUGCCUGUCCCUACAUCCAUGACCCUGACAAAGUGGCCGUCUGCACCAGGUUUCUCCGAGGCACAUGCAAACAGACAGAUGGGACUUGUCCUUUCUCGCAUAAAGUAGCCAAAGAGAAGAUGCCUGUGUGCUCAUAUUUUCUGAAGGGGAUAUGUAAUAACAGUAGCUGUCCCUACAGCCAUGUUUAUGUGUCUCGCAAAGCUGAUGUGUGCAAAGACUUUGUCCGAGGCUACUGCCCUCAGGGAGAUAAGUGCAAGAAGAAACACACACUGGUGUGUCCAGACUUCUCAAGUACCGGUGCGUGUCCACGUGGAUCCAAAUGCAAACUGCACCACAGACAGAGCUCAAAACGAUCCGCCUCUAACGCAAGCUUUGGACCGGCCAGGAAAGCACGCACUACAGACAUUUUAAAGAGUUCAGAGGUAGUUCAGACACAAUCUACAGAGUCCACAGAGGCAGAUGAGGGCUCAUCCUGCUCGGGUCCUGAGAAGCUACCUUCCUUCAUCUCCUUGUCUAGCUCUCCUGACAUGCCAGAGAACCCUGAUACCCCAAAGGUCCCUCCUGCAGCAGGCCCACAGGCCAAAGGAAAGCCGCUACAUAUCAAGCCACGAUUCUUAUCUACAACACAGACAGAAAGCUUGCCGAAGGAGGGCUGAUGGUGGGUGUUUUAAUCGUUAACAAAAAUCAUUUUAACUUGAUUUUUUACUUUAGUAAUAUAUACAGCAUAAAUUCUGCUGUUACCAAAUGGUUUACAAAGACGUUUUUACAUGAGACAUUCACAGCUACUUUCUGGUGUGAAGUCACAUGUUUGGUUUCAGGAAUUUUGCAAUGCAAUUCUAAGAUUUUAUUAAACAUUUCUCAGAAUACGUUCAUUACAGAACUCAGUUUCUGCAUUAUAAUCAAAUGCUAUACUGACAAAAUGCAAACGUUCGCAUCGAGUUCUUAGAGUUAGUUUAAAAAUGUAUACGUAUUUCUCAGGGAUUUUAAAAAAGGCUUUUCUGUAGUGGUUUGUUAUGCAGAGAAAUUGUAUUAUUUCAAAUGCAAACUUGUGAAAAUCUAUUUUCAAAUGUGGAAAUAACUCAAUAAAAUUGCUUUGUGAUUUGCA